AUGAAGCUAAACAACAUUAAUGAGGAUGGUGAUAAUAGAGCCAAAUCUGUAGUGUUGCCAUUUGUAAAUGGUCUUAGUGACAUUCUCCACAGAGUUUUUAAAAGCUAUAACAUUAAUGUAAUACACACGAUAAAUAAGAGAUUAGACUGUAUCAUAAAAUCUGGCAAAGACGCGCUACCCGAUAGUAACAAAACUGGUGUAGUUUACCGCUUGAAAUGUAAGGAUUGCGAUGCCUGCUAUGUGGGCCAAACAAAAAGGCACCUGGCUACGAGGGUCAAGGAACAUAGAAGCGAUAUUUCGAAACGUGAAGGUAAUUGGUCAGUUGUCAGCAGACACAGAGCUUCCUUGUUCCAUGACUUUGACUGGUCAAAGGUAGACAUUUUACACCAAGAACAACAUUUACAUAAACGCGAAGUGGCGGAAAUGAUUUUUAUUAAAAGACAUCACAAUGCGAUCAAUCUACAGACAGACACUGAUAACUUGCCGGGUGUUUAUGAUCCUAUACUGAAAAAUAUUUAG